UUUUCAUCUCUGUAUAUGGCCCUAUUGACUCCGUGCUGUGGUAUCUCGUUCUCAUGUGGUAAAUCUUAGAGGGAAGUCCUUCUUCUCUUAUAAAGUUGUGUGAUUGCCGCGUUUGGUUCCCACAUACCACAAGUUUUAGGGAGGAGGCGAGGUGUGUUUUCUGAGGGAGGCAGGCCUUUUUUUGAUAUGGCUUCAGAAAUCAUGUAUGCAGAAGUGAAGUUCAAGAAUGAAUCCAACUCCCCAGGCACCGACUCAAAUUCUGCUGCAGCUCCCGAAGUGAAGCCCACCCCUCAUCUAAGUAAGCCUGCUGGCCCCACGCUGCUUUUUACAUCUUUGAUGGCACUUUUCCUGCUGUUGGCUAUCUCAUUCUUAGUUGCUUUUAUCUUUUAUUUUCAAAAGUACUCUCAACUUCUUGAAGAAAAUAAUGCUUUAAGAGGUCUAAAUUACACAGAGUUGAGCUGCACAAAAGACCAUUCACUCAAAAAAGACAAGUUCUGGAGCUGUUGCCCAAAGGACUGGAAGCCGUUUAGUUCCCACUGCUACUUCAUUCCCACUGCCUCGGCAAACUGGAGCGAGAGUGAGGAGAAGUGCUUCAGCAUGGGCGCUCAUCUGAUGGUGGUCCACAGCAAGGAAGAGCAGGAUUUCAUCACCAAGAUCCUGAAUGUUCAUGAUGCUUAUUUUAUCGGGCUUUCGGAUCCAGGUCAUCGGCAGUGGCGAUGGGUUGAUCAGACACCAUACAAUGGAAUUGCCACGUUCUGGCACCCAGGUGAGCCCAACAACGACAAGGAACAAUGUGUUAUAGUAAAUCAUCCACGUUCUAGUUGGGGCUGGAAUGACAGCCCUUGCAGUGUGAAACAGAAGUCAGUUUGUCAGAGGAAGAAAAUAUACGUAUGA